AUGACUGAGGUCAAGAAGUUCAAUGGCUCCCUUCAUGAUCUUUGCGAUGCAAUCACAAAUCAUAAGGGAUUAACAGUACUGGACAUUUAUGCAAACUGGUGCCCAGGAUGCCGAAGAGUUACAAAAAUGUUGCCACAAUACGCACAAGAAUAUCCAGAAGUCCAAUUUCUUAAGAUAGAUUCAGACGAAUGUCCGGAUAUUAAAGCAUAUUUCGGUAUAGAUUCCAUUCCUGUACUCAAGUUUUGCACAAAUGCAAAUAGAUUAGAUCCGAUAGACACGAUCGUUGGAGUAAACCUUCCUUUGAUUAAAGAAAAGGUUGCUUCGUUCAGAUAA